GCGGAACCGGAAGCGCGAGGACGCGGUGCCCGUCAUGGUGGCCGCCUGGCCCGCGGGUCGGGCUUCCCCAGCGGCGGGGCCUCCGGGCCUCCUUCGCACUCUGUGGCUCGUGACGGUCGCCGCGGGACACUGGGGGGCUGCUGCCUCCGGCGCCGUCGGGAGCGAGGAGACGCCCAAGUGUGAGGACCUCAGAGUGGGACAAUAUAUUUGUAAAGAACCAAAAAUAAACGAUGCUACCCAAGAACCAGUUAACUGUACAAACUACACAGCUCAUGUUCCAUGUUUUCCAGCACCCAACAUAAUUUGUAAAGAUUUCAGCGGUAAUGAAACACAUUUUACUGGAAAUGAAGUUGGUUUUCUCAAGCCCAUAGCUUGCCGAAAUGUAAAUGGCUAUUCAUACAAAGUGGCAGUUGCAUUAUCUCUUUUUUUGGGAUGGCUGGGAGCAGAUCGAUUUUACCUUGGAUACCCCGCCUUAGGCUUGCUAAAGUUUUGCACCGUGGGAUUUUGUGGAAUUGGGAGCCUAAUUGAUUUCAUUCUUAUUUCAAUGCAGAUUGUUGGACCUUCAGAUGGAAGUAGUUACAUUAUUGACUAUUAUGGAACCAGACUUACAAGACUCAGCAUUACUAAUGAAACAUUUAGAAAAACACAGUUCUACCCAUAAGUGUUUGAGAAGAGGAUCAGAUUUGAGCCUCCUUGAUUUCAAUAGAGAGCCCCGUCUAUGUGGAAUUCCAGAUUUUCCUUUUCCUUAAGUACCACUUUUGGGUGUGGAUGAUGUUUUGGUGUGUGCUCAAUUUUGAUUUGUUGAUUUAGCUAAAAGUAUUAUUCCUAGAUUUAUUUAAUAGUCUUUCUCAAAAAUCAGUAUAAUAGUUUUUCGUGGGCUUCUGUCUCUAUGAGAUAGCGACCUUAUUCCUGUUACUGUUAUUGUUUUACUGUACUGUCCUUUACAUGUCAUGUGUCAUUUUUAUUUGUGAAAAAUAAAAAUUGUAACUUAUUGACAUUUUA